ACCACCAUGUCAUUCACCUGCCGCACCUGCGCCAGACGCAAGGUAAGAUGCGACAGGCUGACGCCUCGCUGCUCCAGCUGCCGCAGGGGCAACCACGAGUGCUCAUACCGAGCACCGACCCCGCGAUCGCGGAAACGCAAGACAAGUGAGGAGCCCGCGGAGCAGCUCGCGCGAUAUGAGCGCAUUCUGCGGCAGCACGGCUUGCUGGACGGUGACGCGCGGCCAACGGCGAGAGAUACCUCGCCUGAACCGAUUUCGUUUCAGUAUAACCGAUCCGAAGCCUCGAAGGCUGGUAGGGUGCUUGCGGCAGAAGGCACGUCGAGGUAUGUCAGCGGGCAUCCAUGGAAUACUCUCGGUGAGGAGGAGGUGCGACGCGUCUUCGAAGAGGAAGAGCAGGAGCAGCGGGAGAUGGCCAUUGCACCCGAGAUCUUGGUGUCUGAUCCGUUGAUCGGUGCGCUCGUGGGCUCUCGACGCUCGCUUCUGCAGUACCACCCGACUCACGCAGAGGCCAUGCUGCUGUGGCAAACGCAUGUCGAGAGCGUGGAGCCGUUCUGCAAGAUCCUGCACAUCCCCUCCACCUCUGCGAUGAUCGAGAGGGUUUCAUGCCGCCCCGUGCUAGCGUCAGAUGCAGAUGAGUGUCUUGUGUUUGCCAUCUAUCAAUUUGCAGUCUACGCGAUGACGGACGCGGACUGCAUGCUAAAACUGGGCCAUCCACGCGGCACCUUGAGCCGACGAUAUCAUUCCGCCGCGCAACAAGCGCUGGUCAAUGCUGCAUUUCUGAAAACGAGUGACAUCCAGGUCCUACAGGCUUUAGUCCUAUUCCUCCUCUCCAGCCGCCAGCAUUACGACUCGCAGACGUACUGGAUCCUAACGGGUGUUGCCGUCCGGAUCGGGCAGCGGAUCGGACUCUACCAAGACGGCGAGAAGCUGGGAAUGUGCCCGUUCGAUGUCCAGAUGCGGCGACGCCUAUUCUACCAACUCAUGCCCCUCGACGGCCGAGCGAGUCAAAUGACGGGCACGGUCGUGUCCAUCCCGCCAGACGCGUGGGACACCCAGCUCCCGCUCAACAUCGACGACGAGCAGGUCUGGCCCGGCAUGACGGCGACCCCGCGGGAGCAGCAAGGCGCGACGCAGAUGAUGUUCUGCCUGUCGCGCGCCUGCAUCGGGCGGUUCUUCGCGAGCAUGAGCCCGCAUCUGCGCAGCAACGGGCCGUGGACGUUCGGCAGCCUGCCCGAGGCCGAGGCGGUCAUCGGUGCCGCUGAACGGGAGGUCGAGCACAAGUACAUCCGCUACUGCGAUAUCGUCGACCCGCUGCAUUUCCUGACGGUCGGGCUGGCGCGCGCGGGCAUCACCGCCAUGCGACUCCGGGUCCGGCUCACGAAGGUCCGGCAUCUGACUGCCACGGACGCGGAGAUAAGGGAGGUCUUGCACCUCGCCCAGAAGAUUUUGGAUACCGAUGCGGCGGUGUCGGACCACCCGGGCUUGGGAAAAUACCGGUGGCAUGUCCGACCUGUUCUCUCUCCGGUGGAAAUUGAGGAGGCGUGGAAGAAGGUUGAGCAGCUUUAUGGUCAUCAUGAUGAGUUUUGGGACUUGAAGCCGUUGUAUGUAGCACUGCGGAGACUCACACUCAAAGCUUGGGAUGCUCAUGCGCGAAGCGACACGGGUGCAGAGCCGGGGUUCAUUGCGACCUUGCGCUCAUUGCAGACGACGAAGCGCAAGAUAAAGGAGGGGCCUCCAAAAGUAUCCCCAGAUACAAACCCUUUGAGGGGCGACACAAUGUUUUUGACAGUGCCCUCUGCGAGUGACAUUGACGCGAUGGGCGACGGCAUCGACUUCGAUACCGUGGACUGGGCUUAUUGGGAUCAGUUGAUCCAAUAUCACCAAGGACAUGAUGAUGAAUGA